UAGUCAAUUAGAUAUCUGAAUUUUAACAAACUUCGUGUCCAAUCGUGCAUUUAAAUUAUAGUAAAAUAAAAAAAGUAAUUUUGACUUAGUGAUUUUACGUAUUUAGAACUCAUUAGGAAGAAAACAGCUUCAAGUUUGGCUUACUUGACAUUCUCUGAUAGAUAGAGCUCACGUCUUUUCCAUGAGGUGUGCUGUGGUGCAAAUCUCGUUUUUAGGACAUUGAGUGUAAUACUUGGUCUCAUUAUCUGAAUUUAUCGCAUAUUUAUUGUUUAAACAAGUUUUAACGAGUCAACAUGCCGAAGAAUAAGGGAAAGGGAGGUAAAAACAGGAGAAGGGGUAAAAAUGAAAAUGAAACAGAAAAAAGAGAAUUGGUUUUCAAAGAAGAUGGACAAGAAUAUGCACAAGUCACAAAAAUGCUUGGUAAUGGAAGGUUAGAAGCAAUGUGUUUUGAUGGUGUCAAGAGAUUGUGUCAUAUUCGAGGAAAAUUACGAAAAAAAGUAUGGAUCAAUCAAGGUGACAUAAUACUGAUUGGCUUGCGAGAUUAUCAAGAUGCAAAAGCUGAUGUUAUAUUAAAAUACACAUCAGAUGAAGCUCGUAAUUUGAAAACAUAUGGUGAAUUCCCAGAAACUGUACGUAUCAAUGAUACUGUCACCUUCGUUGAAGACGGAUUCGAUGAAGACAUUGAAUUCGGCGAUGAAAUUAGCGAUGAUGACGAAGAUGAUGUUGACAAUAUCUGAUGACCUUUGAUAUAUUAAUUUGUAAAAGGUAUGAGAUAAAAGUGCAUGAAAACACCUAUUUGUUUUACAAAAUGCUAUCAUUCGUCGCGCAAUUAAGAUAUUGAAAUUUGUUGAAUAAGUAGUCAAAUUUCUGUAUCUAUAAAUAAAUUUCCAGUUAUAUGGGUAUUAUUGUGUUCUAAUCCAAAAUGAUUGGAUUUUAAAUUUUCAGGAUUUGUAAUUUUAUUAGACUUAUGGUAUUCACAGUCUGUCUUUUAUUUUCGUGUGACUCCAAAUUACAAAUAACAUACCAUUUUCAAGAGUUAUCACUGUAUUGAGCUAAUAUCUUCUAUUUCUUUUAAAUAUAUUAAUUUUUGAUUAACUUCUUAAUUAUAAUAAUUUUACUGUUUAGCAGAAUUUCAUAAGAUACAGACAGUCAUAUACUUACGCGCAGCAUCAUUAUAUUAUUUUUGUAAUAGUUUUCUUUUGUAUAUUUUUUGUUUGAUACCAAAUUAAAUAAUAUACACUUCAUCCUUACUACUUUAAACAGGAGAAGUAGUGAGCAUUAUACAUUUUAAUAAUUACUUCUGCAUAUAUUAAAGUGAUUUAUCAAAUCAUUUGUUAUACAAUAUGCAUACAGCUAUUCAGAAAAAUUGUUUAUGUAAUUGUAUUUUAUAGACAAUUCAGUAUAGUUGUAAGAUCAAAAUUACUAACUAUGAAUGAUAAAAGUUACAUGUAACUAUCAAUAUUAUUAUUUAGAAACAUACAUAAAAAAUGAUGUAGUAACCUGUAUCAUAGGGAAUAAUGUGUGUUUAAAACUUAUUCUCCUGAAAACAUUUAUAUUACAAAUUAUGUUAUAUCGUAUAUUCCAUACAAAUAUGACUUCUCCUUUUUAUGAUUAAAUGAAAAAUAUUUGAACAAUCGAAAUUUCUGUAUAAAUACAUGAUUCCAUGAAUGUACUAAAUAAAAUUGAUGUCAUCUGUUAUUAACUAAUAAAAAAAAACUGAAAAAUUAA